AUGUUUUUCUAUUGGCCUAUUCACAAUCAGCUUCAUUAUGCGACCGUCGACCAAGACUGUUUGAUUUCUGAAACAUUUGGCGCCAUGCUGACAGCAAUAAUGAUCCCAACCAAUCAUUUCUUAACUUUAAAGCGGAGACAUCUCCAAGCUCACUCUUGCUAUCCUGAUAUGGAUCUGAUAGGACCGAAGGGUGCAACAUAUUGCGCCCUCGUAGAAUUUCAUUGGCGUCGAUACAUCCGUAAACCCCGAUCUGAGGCUCAGCCUCGUUGCUGCCUUCUAGCCCGCUCGCCUGCCUGGACUGGCUGA